GGAGGCCGAAGACGCGGGAGGCGGCUGAGGAGGCGGGGGAAAGUAGGUGUUCUGGCUGCGUUUAGUCUUCCUGGUCCACUGUCUCAAUGAAGAAGAUGGAACAGGUCCACUGUCCAGGAGACCAGCAUGGUGAAGGGAACCUUGUUCCAGACCCAGAGCUUAGUUCUUGGGAAGCUCUCCCAGUGCUUCCAGAUCACCAGACUCAAGGAGUUGAACUGGUUUGGGCCUAUGCGAUUCCUGUCCUGGACAAGAAGAAGACAUCCCGGCUGGUGAAAGAGGUGUCUGCAAUCUACCCCCUGGUGGGCCAAGGACAUCUCAAGAGGGUCCGAGCCUGUCCUGAUAAGACCAGUCCCCACGCACUGGAAAUUUUGCUCUGUCUAGCGAGCCAGGGAGGAGACACGGUAGAAGGCGUACGGCCCCUUUCUGAGCUCCUCCCCAGUGGACAGAUAGACUGGAGCGACUUAGGAGAACCUUAUCUUGUGCACGUGCCAGCUCAUCCACCCUUUACUAGAGCACAGUUUGAGGAAGCUAAACUCCACUGGCCUACAGUCUUCCAUGAAAACAAACACAUUUCCAAUGCCCUCCAAGGCCUCCUUUUCUCAAAGGAAGAUAAAGCCAAGAUGCAAAUUUACAUGGAGAAGGCCAUCCACACAGCCCGGCAAGGGGCAGAAAGGGGGAUGAAAGCUGUUGGGGCGGUAGUUGUUGACCCAGCCACGGAAGUUGUGUUGGCUGUAGGCCAUGACUGUAGCAACGCCUCAAAUCCAUUACUUCAUGCCACUAUGGUCUGCAUAGAUCUUAUUGCCCAAAGACAAGGCAGAGGUGCAUAUAGUUUUAAUGCUUAUCCUGCUUGUACCAUUUCACCAUCAGGGGACCGAGCCAUUCCCUUACCGGCUAAAAGCAUUCAGCCAGGGGUGGUGCGGAAGUAUGAAUCUAGGCAAGAUGGCCUGCCCUAUAUUUGUACUGGCUAUGAUCUAUAUGUCACCAGCGAACCCUGUGUCAUGUGUGCCAUGGCAUUAGUGCAUUCCAGGAUCCAGAGAGUCUUCUACGGGGCAUCGUCACCUGAUGGGGCAUUGGGCACCAGAUACAAAAUCCAUUCCAAGGAGGACCUCAACCAUCAUUUUGAAGUAUUCAGAGGCAUCUUGGGGACUGAGUGCUGCAGUUUGGACCAAAAAAAGCAAGGACAGCAGUGUGUCUCCUCACAGCUCUGAUCUCAUUUCCUUCUCCUGUAGCCAUGCUGUCCUCUGAGUUGGCCAAGACUUUUUCUUCUCAUUUUGGGGAGACUAUCUUUCCCAUGGGUGUUCCCAAAUAGAACAUUAUCUCUCCUAAUGCUAAAAAGUUGUGUACCGAUCUGUCCCUCCGUAGCUUCUCAUUCAUGGUAAAUGUCAAAAAAAAUAUCGCUCGACCACAUUACUUGUUUCAGUUUGCAGUUGGUUUGUUGUCCGUGUCCCAGACCUUAAUGACCAAAUGAACAAGACUGAAAUUUAAAGAGUUGGCAUC